CUUUUAAGUGUAUCACGAGAGAUAAUGUCAGCAGAUAUAUCGUUUGACCUUUGUCUCACGUUUUCUCAAUUUGUUUCUCUAUUUCUCGUGGUUGUAUUUUAAUCGGAAAUAUUUUCAUUGUACGAUGUGCAUUUUCGGUGUACCUAUUGAAUAAAUUGUGUAUUAAAAUCUUUUUUUUUGUUUCACUGUUUAUUGUGCGAUAAAUUUGCACGUUGGUGCAGAAGUGUUACUGAUUGACAUAACGCAAAUCUGAAAAUAAUUCUUUAUAAUUAUAAGUGACUUGUCGAAAGCGUGGUGCUUUUCUUCAAGCUUGUGAAUUCCUUCGCAUCUAUUCGCAACAGUGAAUUUCAAAACUAAAACAAGUACAUCAAGAAACGCAUUCAGCUCAACAAUAAAGUAAUGACUAAUGAGCAAAUAUAUAAGAGGUUCAAGUCAAGCACGUUCUUCCUACCAACAUGUAAUUUGAAAUGUUGAGAGAUGUAGGCUACUUGGAGGAUGCUAUAAUUAUUCUCAAAUUAUACGCUGAUUUAAGAAAGAUGAGUCCAAUUUUUCUCUCUAUCUUCUGCACGAUGCGCGAAUUAUCUUUCAUCACUCAGAUACCUAUCAUUAAUUCCAGAAAUUCAUUGAAGCACCAUUAACUGGCGUAUUGAAAUAUAAACCAUGGAAGUUCCAUUUUCGGAACCAAAUUUAGAGAAAAGCCGGGCGGUGAAGAAAAGAAAAGGCAGCACGACUUUGAAAACUGACACUUCGCCGCUAUGUACUUGUGUUUCUAGAAAUUGUAUUGAAGAUCAGGAUACUGAAGAAUCAAAAUCUACUUCUGAUAUGGAAUGCAAGAGGCAAAUUCACAGUAAAAUUGAGAAACGCAGGAGAGAUAAAAUGAAUACCUACAUAUCUCAACUUUCCACUAUGAUACCAUCUUGCAAUUUCAACACGCACAAGCUUGAUAAAAUAACGGUGCUGCGAAUGGCUGUGCAGUAUUUGAAAUCAAUUAGAACUUCUCCUAUGCAGUGCAAUGCAGAAGAAAAUUUGAAGUAUUCUUUUAUAUCAGAUGUGGAAUUGAAGAAGCUGAUCCUACAAGUUUCCGAAGGAUUUCUUUUCGUCGUGGGAUGUGACAGUGGACGAAUUUUGUUUGUUUCUGAAUCGGUUUCAACCAUGUUGAACAGUAACCGAAGUGAAUUGCUGGGACGUAGUUUGUACGAUAUAAUUCAUCCAAGUGAUAUUGAUAAAGUGAAAGAACAAAUUUCAUGCGCUGAUCUAAAUCCGAGGCAUAAGUUGAUGGCUUCGAAAUCUGUAAAAGAAUUGGAGAUUGAUCUACCGAGCGAACAACUGGGUUUACAUCCUGGAAAUCGACGUUCCUUUUAUUUCCGAAUCAAAUCAGACGUCGACGAUUCUGGUAAAUAUGCGCCUGGCACGAAAAACUUUCAGUUUUACAAAAAUACAAAUGCAGAGCAGAUGUCGCCGAACACCGUCAGUUAUAACCCGGAUCAAAAUGACUAUACUGUUAUUCAUUCCGUUGGAUACCUCAAAUGCUGGAAUUCUUCAACUAAAGCUGAAAAUCCUAAAUACACCAGUGCAGAUUCAUCUUCAAUGACUUGUUUCAUAGCUGUUGGGCGUACAAUUAGUAACUUUCCGCCGGCGUUACAAAUGGAAAACCCCUCAAAAUUUGAUUGUAAACAUACUGUCGAUGGGAAAUUUUUAUUCGUGGACCAUUGGUUUACAUUGAUAACUGGAUUUUUAUCUCAAGAAAUUUUGGGAACAAGUAUUUACGAAUAUAUUCAUUCAGAAGAUGUUAAUGAGUUUGCAGAAGCUCAUCGAUCGAUGCUGCAGCCGUUCAAUUGUUCAAAUACCAUCAAGAACUUUCGUUUUCGUACCAAGUUUAGUCAUUUCAUUAACGUUUCAAGCGAAUGGAAAAGUUUGGAAAACCCUUGGAAAAAAGACGUGGAAUAUUUCUAUUCUACAAACACAGUUAAAUGGACUAAUGAAACAUCUGUUGAAGAAAAACCUGAAGGGAAACAAUCUGCUAAUCUUGCUCGCAACGAUUUAUUCACAUUUCCCAGUUACGAAUCGGCAGAAAAAAGCGAGCAAAAUUUAAUUGAUAAUUUUAAUUUUCACCCAACCAUAUGCGAAAAGAAUAGUAAUGAAGCAACAAUGGAAGCGAUUAUGAAACUUUUAGAAUCUGAUACUAAUAUUGCAGAUUGAAUGAAUACAAGAUGCUCUGAAGUGAAUUUCAAACUUGAAAGAUAUUUUUCAAUAAAGUGUCCUACAGUCAUCAUAAGAAUGUAACAUUAUACUUAAGUUGAAAUAAAUGUACAACUGAA